AUGAAGAACCAGUUCUCUGAUGGGGCCCGUGUUUGGGUCAGAGAGAAGGAGCAGCUCGUGCCCGCCACUGUAAACUCCUGUGGAGAUGGAACCCUCGUGGUCACAACUGACUAUGGAGAAGUUUUGUACUUGCAGCAGGCCGAGGUUACCAGGGAGCGGGUGUAUGCCAUGCACCAGUCCAGCAUCGACGGGGUGGAGGACAUGUCAGCACUGGCCGAGCUGCACGAGGCUGCCAUCAUGCACAACCUGUACCAGCGCUACCAGAAGGACAACAUCUAUACUAAUAUUGGCAGCAUCCUGGCAGCCGUCAACCCCUACAAGCAGAUCUCGGGUCUGUAUGACCCAGAGAGGGUGGACCUUUACUCCAAGCACCAUCUAGGGGAGCUCCCACCACACAUCUUCGCUGUGGCCAACGAAUGCUACCGCUGCAUCUGGAAACGGCACGACAGCCAGUGCGUCCUCAUCAGUGGUGAAUCAGGUGCAGGGAAGACGGAGAGCACUAAACUGUUGCUGCAGUUCCUGUCGGUGAUGAGCCAAAAAUCAGCCGGGACUCCUCCAUCAGAGAAAACCACACGUGUGGAGCAGGCCAUCGUUCAGAGCAGUCCGAUCAUGGAAGCGUUUGGUAAUGCAAAGACCGUUUACAACAACAACUCCAGUCGCUUUGGGAAGUUCAUCCAGCUUCACUUCUCUGAGGGCGGCAACAUCCAGGGAGGCUGCGUCAUCGACUAUUUACUGGAAAAGAACCGCGUUGUGCGACAAAACCCUGGAGAACGAAACUACCACAUCUUCUAUGCUCUGCUGGCGGGAGCUAACAAAGAGCAUAAAAGCCUCUACUUCCUCGAGGACCCCGCUGAAUCUUUCCACUACCUCAGCCAGUCAGGCUGUCUGAAGGACAAGAGCCUGAAUGACAAAGAGCUGUUUAACAGCGUUAUGGAGGCACUGAAGGUGUUAGAGUUCACAGAGGACGAGAUCAGAGACAUGUUCAAGCUACUGUCAGGAGUCUUACAGCUAGGAAACAUCGAGUUCAUGACUGCAGGAGGUGCCCAGAUCACCACUAAGCAAGUGGUCAGUGAUGCCAGUGAGCUGCUGGGCCUGGACGCCUUCCAGCUGUCUGAAGUCCUGACUCAGCGAUCCAUAAUACUCAGAGGAGAGGAAAUCUGCUCCCCACUCACUAUAGAGCAGGCUGUGGAUUCCCGGGACUCUGUUGCCAUGGCGUUAUAUUCCCAGUGUUUCUCCUGGAUCAUCCUCAAGAUCAAUCAGAAAAUCAAAGGGAAGGAGAACUUCAAAUCCAUAGGCAUCCUCGACAUCUUUGGCUUUGAGAAUUUUGAGGUUAAUCGGUUUGAGCAGUUUAACAUCAACUACGCCAAUGAGAAACUUCAGGAGUACUUCAAUAAGCAUAUCUUCUCCCUGGAGCAGCUAGAGUACAACAGGGAGGGUGUUCAGUGGGAUGCCAUAGACUGGAUGGACAACGCAGAAUGUCUUGACCUUAUAGAAAAAAAACUGGGCUUGCUGGCACUAGUGAAUGAAGAGAGUCGAUUCCCCAAAGGAACAGACUUCACUCUGCUGGAGAAGUUGCACAGCAGACACUCUACUAACCCGUACUAUGUCAAGCCCAGACUUGCUGAUCAUCAGUUUGGUAUCAAACAUUAUGCAGGGGAGGUCUUGUAUGAUGUUAGAGGAAUCUUGGAGAAGAACAGAGACACCUUCAGAGACGACAUCCUAAACAUGCUCAAGGACAGCAGACUGGACUUCAUCUAUGACUUGUUUGAGAAGGUUGGCAGCAGGAACAAUGAGGAGAAGAUGGGAACAGCCAGACGCAAACCUACUGUGAGCUCCCAGUUCAGGGACUCCCUCCAUGCUCUCAUGGCCACUCUGAGUGUAUCCAACCCUUUCUUCAUUCGCUGCAUUAAACCCAACAUGGAAAAGAAUCCAAAUGUGUUUGACCCCGAGGUUGUCCUGAACCAGCUGAGGUAUUCUGGGAUGCUGGAGACUGUGAAGAUCCGUCGUGCUGGGUUCCCCGUCCGCAGAACUUGCAAAGACUUUUUCUCUCGGUAUAAGAUUAUUGUGAAAGAAAAAGCACCAGCAGCUGGAGAUGAUAAAAAGAGGAGUACAGACCUUCUAAUGAAAUAUGACAAGACCAAGAAGGAGUGGCAGUUAGGCAAGACCAAGGUGUUUCUGAAGGAGUCUCUGGAGCAACGUUUAGAGAAAGACAGGGAUGAAGUCCGACGCCAAGCUGCCAUGAUAAUCCGAGCUCACCUUCUCACUUUCUCUGCCAAGAAGCAUUUCAAGUGUGUACGUGCCAGCGUCGUCACCCUCCAGAAACACUUCCGAACGCACAUCCAGCGCAGGCGAUUCGUGAAGCAACGCAAGGCGGCUCUGGUACUGCAGAGACACAGGCGUGGUCAGGUGGCACGUACUCGUGUUCGAAAACUCCGAGAGGAGAAGAAGAAUAGGGAAGAUGAGCAGAGGAAGAAAGAGGAAGAAGAGAAGAAAACAAUUGGUGAAGGGGAGCAGGAGGAAGCGAAUGAAGGAGCAGAGAAGAACACGAAAUUGUCAGAGGAUGAGGCCCGGCAGAUGGAGGAGAUCCUUCAGUUGGAGCGAGAGAUCGAGCGCUUGCAGAAGAAGAGAGAGGACGAGGUGUCGCAGCUGUGUGAGUCCUCCAAGCAGGAGCUGCAGCUGCGCCGGGACGCCGAGCUCAAACGGAUGAAGAAGGAGGCAUCUCGCAAGGCCACAGAGCUCAUCGACCUCCUGAACUUCGGAGGUGUGGAUCCUUCGCUGGGAGCAGUGGGAGCUACGGCUGCUGCUGAGGUGAAAAGUCCGAAAGGGGCAAGUGCCACUAGAGGUGCAUCCAAAGAGGAGGAGGUAGAUGAGGGCUUCCAUGCAGAGGAGGAGUGCAUCCCUCUCCCUGACUUCCCUCCUCCUGCUGAGACAGAUGCUCCUAUGGAUCAGGAAAUAUUUGCUCACCUCCCUCCUCCCCCGCCUGCCUUUGCUGAGGGGACAGUGCCUCCUGCACCACCUCCUCCACCUCCUCUGCCCACAGACGAUGGCUCCGCUGUCCCUCCACCUCCAAUUCCUCCUCCUCCACCACCUUCACCUCCCCUGGGAGAAGGGGAGAAGAAAGAGGGAGCCAAGGCAGAGCCGGAGAGGAAGGUAAGCAUGGUGGAGAGCCUGGUGGACGGGGAGGAGCCGAUCUACAGCAUGCCGGCAGACACCGAGUCGGAUUAUGACCAGGAGGAGGAGGAGGGCAACCGCGGGAGCACUGCCGUGACGGACGAGGAGCACCCGAGGAAGUCGACCUGCACCAACGCCAGCAUCGAGUCCUACAGAGGCAGCUCCGACUCUUAUGCAGACAGUGAUGACGAGCACGAUGGGAUGAUGGACACCGAUGAAGAAGUGACAAACGGCAGAGUGACUUUGCUUAAUGGAAAUGGACCGCCAUAUUUCCAUGGAUACCUCUACAUGAAGGCCGGCCUGAUGAUCCCGUGGAGGAGGCGCUGGUGUGUGUUGAAAGAUGAAACCUUCAUGUGGUUCCGGUCCAAACAAGAGUCUCUGAAGUCUGGCUGGCUCUACAAGAAAGGAGGAGGCCUCUCCACUCUCUCACGGAGAAACUGGAAGAUGCGCUGGUUUGUACUGAGGGACAGCAAGCUGAUGUACUAUGAGAAUGACAGUGAGGAGAAGCUGAAGGGAACCAUCGACAUCCGGGCUGCCAAGGAGAUUGUGGAUAAUCACGAAAAGGAGAACGCUCUGAACAUCGUGACAGAUGAGAGGACCUAUCAGGUGUUUGCUGAGUCACCAGAGGAUGCAAGUGGGUGGUUUAAUGUCCUCAGUAAGGUGCGUGUGUGCACUCCUGAGCAGCUGCUGGAGAUGUCCCAUGAACAGGCCAACCCAAAGAAUGCCGUGGGAACUCUCGACGUUGGGCUGAUUGACUCUGUUUGUGCAUCGGACAACCCUGAUCGGCCCAACUCUUUCGUCAUCAUCACUGCCAACCGUGUGAUCCACUGUAACAGCGACACACCAGAGGAGAUGCAUCACUGGAUCAGUCUGCUGCAGAAACCCAAAGGAGACGCCCGGAUCGAUGGGCAGGAGUUCCUUGUCAGAGGGUGGCUCCAAAAGGAGAUGAAGACGAAUGCUAAAAGCACCUCCCUGAAGCUGAAGAAGCGCUGGUUUGUUUUGACCCACAACUCCCUAGAUUACUACAAGAGCUCAGAGCGAAACUCCUCCAAGAUGGGAACUCUGGUCCUCAACUCCCUCUGCUCCGUCAUUCAGCCGGAUGAACGAGUGCACAGGGAGACAGGUUACUGGAACAUCAUAGUGUACGGGAGGAAGCACUCCUACCGACUCUACACCAAGAUGCUGAAUGAGGCCAUGAGAUGGACAGCGGCUGUACAGGGAGUCAUAGACAGCAAGACCCCCAUAGAAACUCCAACUCUGCAGCUCAUCAGAGACAUCAAGGAGAACAGUGUGAACCCAGACAUAGUGGAGCAGAUGUACAGGAGAAACCCCAUCCUCAGAUACACUCAGCAUCCUCUGCACUCUCCUCUACUGCCGCUCCCCUAUGGAGAGGUCACCAGCCUGCAAAGGCAGCAGGGUUACGCCAGCCUGCAGGACGAGGCGGUGCGAGUGUUCAACUCACUGCAGGAGAUGGAGACUCUGGCAGACACGGUGCCCAUCAUUCAGGGCAUCCUGCAGACCUGCCAGGACCUGCGCCCUCUCAGGGACGAGGUAUAUUGUCAGGUGAUCAAGCAGACCAAUCAUGUGCCUCAGCCGAACAGCCCAGCCAAUCGGGCACACUGGCACCUGCUCACCUGCAUGAGCUGCACCUUCCUGCCCAGUCGAGCCAUCCUCAGAUACCUCCGCUUCCACCUCAAGAGGGUACGUGAGCGUUAUCCUGGCACAGAGAUCGAGCGUUAUGCUGCUUUCAUCGGGGAAUCCCUAAAGAAGACCAAGACUCGUGAGUUUGUUCCCUCUCAGGAGGAGAUCGCUGCCCUGCUGGUGAGACAGGAGAUGAGCACCACCGUGUACUGCCAUGGAGGAGGCUCCUGCAAGAUCUCCAUCAAUUCACACACCACAGCUGGAGAGGUUGUGGAGAAGCUGAUCAGAGGCCUGGCCAUGGAGGACAGCAAGAACCUGUUUUCUCUGUUUGAACACAACGCCUUCACAGACCGAGCUUUGGAGAGCAGAGUGAUCGUGGCAGAUGUUCUGGCCAAGUUUGAACGAUUGGCAGGUAGUGAAGAAGAGGAGGAGGAAGGAGAAUGGAAACUCUACUUCAAACUCUACUGCUUCUUGGAUGUGGAGAGCAUGCCCAAAGAGGGAGUGGAGUUUGCUUUCAUGUUUGAACAGGCUCAUGAGUCUCUGAUAAGUGGUCACUUCCCGGCCUCAGAGGAGACUUUGCAGCACCUGGCCGCUUUGCGUCUCCAGUACCUCCACGGUGACGGGGCAGGUCGGGCCGGGUGGAGCCUUGGAAGCGUUUACCCAAUUGGACGUCUCCGCAAUCGCAUCCUCCACUCCACCAAACCAGGCGUGGGGGCUGUCGGUGGAGCUGGAGUAGGUGGGGUAGGAGGGGUGGGAGACAUGAAGGGCUUGGCAGGAGGACCAGGAGGUGUGGGCGUCGGGGCAGAGAAGCGAAAGACCCCAAGCUUCCUGGACGGUACCCUGAGGAGGAGCUUCAAGACUGGUUCACUGAAGAAGCAGAAGGUGGAGGAGGAGCAGAUGUUGGAGAUGUGGGUGAAGGAGGAGACGUCUGCGACACGGACCAGCGUGCUGGAGAAGUGGACCCGGCUGCAGGGAAUGCCCCAGCACCAGGCCAUGCUUAAAUAUAUGAGCAUCAUUAAGGAGUGGCCUGGAUAUGGAUCUACCCUGUUCGACGUGGAGUGUAAGGAGGGUGGUUUUCCUCAUGACCUGUGGCUAGGUGUGAGUGCUGACAAUGUGUCUGUGUAUAAACGAGGCGAACCUAAACCUCUGGAGACCUUCCAGUACGAACACAUCACCUUCUUUGGAGCUUCGCAGCCCUGCACCUACAAGAUCAUCGUGGAUGAAAGGGAGAUGUUCUUUGAGACUCCACUGGUCGGAGAGAUCACCAAGAUCAUGAGGGCCUACAUUAACAUGAUGGUGAAGAAACGUUGCAGCAUCAUGUCAGUGACCAGCGUCACCAGUUCCUGGGUCAGGUGA